AUGCAGCUAUUGAGAUUGCAUUAUGUCGAUGAGGCAUAUGCCGUUCCAGCUCCAGAGGCUUCGGUGGGUGAACACAUCGCAGUGCUAGUGCGACUGAAGCCUGAAGCUGAGGGAGAGGGUUUGACUCUUGCAAAGUUGCGUGAGGAUCUUUUGUCUGGCUCGACGUUACCAGUCGGCUAUCUGCCUACUGUGCUGCGCGUUCUAGGCAGGGGAGAAACCAUACCUCGAUCUUACACCGACAAGCCCCUUCGCAGGCAGAUUACGACGGAGUUCUUUCUGGGCCCGAGCGGGACCGUGGAGCAAGGGAAUCUCCCGAUCGAAGUGUGGGAGUCUAAAGGCAUCCCUUCGGCCAGAGACUUUGACCAGGGCAGCGACCAGAGGCUUACUACUGCAUACAGCUAG